AUGGCGGCCGCUCAGGUUAUCUCGAAUUCGGGGCACGAAGAUAUGAUUCACGAUGCAGGCCUGGACUACUAUGGUCGGAGGCUAGCCACCUGCUCCUCCGAUAAAACAAUCAAGAUCUUUGAGAUUGAGGGGGAGACUCACCGUUUCGUCGAGACCCUCAAGGGCCACGAGGGUGCAGUGUGGUGUGUCGCAUGGGCUCACCCAAAGUUUGGCACAAUCCUAGCUUCCUCCUCAUAUGACGGCAAGGUCUUGAUUUGGCGGGAGCAACCUCAGAAUGCCACCUCUCCCGUCGGCGGCAGCACUUGGACCAAGGUCUUUGAUUUCUCUCUGCAUACCGCUUCCGUCAACACGGUUUCCUGGGCCCCCCACGAGAGCGGCUGCCUCCUUGCUUGUGCCUCCUCCGAUGGCCAGGUCAGCGUUCUCGAAUUCCGCGACAACAACUGGACCCACCAGACCUUCCCUGCCCACGGGAUGGGCGUGAACUCGAUUAGUUGGGCUCCCGCUGCUUUCGCUGGUAGUCUUAUCAGCUCCAACCCAGGUCCUGGUCAGCAGAGACGUUUUGUCACCGGCGGAAGCGAUAAUACAGUAAAGAUCUGGGACUACAACGCCGAGUCCAAGACCUACAACCUUACUCAAACUCUAGAAGGCCAUUCUGAUUGGGUCCGUGAUGUUGUUUGGUCGCCGAGCAUUCUGUCCAAAUCCUACAUCGCUUCUGCCUCGCAAGAUAAGACCGUUCGUAUUUGGACUUCGGAUGCAUCCAACCCAGGUCAGUGGACUAGCCAAACACUUGAGUUUGACUGUGUUUUGUGGCGUGUUAGCUGGAGUCUGAGCGGAAACAUCCUUGCUGUCAGCGGUGGUGACAACAAGGUGAGCUUGUGGAAGGAGAACCUCAAGGGCCAAUGGGAGAAGGUCAAAGAUAUUGAGGAAUAG